AUUGCGACAGCAUGGCCACGACUGCAGAUGGCUGCAUUCAAUUCACACGCCAUGCAGGCGACGUCCUGCUCAACUUCAACCGCCUCCGCAGCAGGAACAUCCUGACUGACGUCACCAUACAGGUGGAUGGACAACAUUUUCAUGCUCACAAGGCCGUAUUGGUGGCCUGCAGUGGCUUCUUUUAUUCUGUGUUCAUGGACCCCAAGAACGCAAACCUCAGUGCCAUCAGCUUAGACCCCAAAGUGGACCCCAAGGGGUUCUCCAUCUUGCUUGACUUCAUGUACACGUCCUGUUUGGACCUUAAGGACACUCUGGUCCUGGCCACCAUGAACACAGCCAUCUACCUCCAGAUGGAACACGUGGCCGACACCUGCCACAGAUUCAUCAAGUCCAGGCAUCAGAUCGAAGAGGUACAGACCAACUCAUCACAUCUGGCUGAGGGUAUCCCUGCUUUGAGGCCUGGUGAUGAGAAAGAACCAGACUUUAGAAACAACCACAUAUCAACCUCAUCCCCUCUCCAGGAGUGCAGGGGCUACAUCCCCAAUGUCUUCAGGGGGAUCAACACAUCUGGCUCCUAUCAUGUAUAUGGUGAUCUCCAUGUCACUGCUGGGAAGCCAGAAGGCUCCCAUAAGGUCAGCGACCUCCCCAGAGCAGGGGCUUUGUCUCAGAAACGAUGCUCGCAGGUACCCAGCACCAACAUGGCUCGCAGUGAGUCCACUGCCAUCAUCUCCCACGCUGUGCCAUCCCACCCCAGUUUCCCCACCACUAUCAUCAGAAACGCAGGAGCCCACGGGAGCCUUCAAAGGCCUGUCUCCCCCAUGGAGGAAGACAGCAUUCAGCAUCCACAAACCAGCUGUCUCAGAUUGUCUCCAGGUUUUAGCAAAGGUGUGAUUUGCAGUCCUCAAAGCCCCCUCAGAUCUGACUGCCAGCCCAACUCGCCCACUGAGUCCAACAGCAGCAAAAACGCCACGCUGAGCCUCAGACAGCCCUCUGACUGCCCCAGCGACGCCAAGGCCCACAACUGGAAGAAGUACAAGUUGAUUGUUAUGAACCAAACUCCCGAUGAGAAUGAAAAGGAGUCUCACGGAGGCGGCGCUGAAGCUACAGCCAUGUCACCUGCGCUGAGCCCCUGCAGGAGUGGUGCAGCAGGGGGACACAGCGAGGUCCAGUCAGAAGAGGGAACUGGCGAGCAGAGAGAAGAAGUCCUGAUGUCUCAGAGUGUCGACAGCUGUAGCAGCAGCACCUGUAGCAGCAUCAGCUACCGCAGAUGCUCCUCCUGUGGCUGUGACAGCCCUCAUUGCAUGGAAAUGGGUCACCUGUCUCCUGACUCCUACAGCCGAGAAGAUGCCACCAAAUCACACUCAGAUUAUUCCUCCUCCGGCUCUGAAAACAACAUCUACUUCUGUAAUGGCUGUGACUCCAAGUUCACGGAGGAAGAUUCCCUUAAAGAACACAUGGCCCAGGUGCACAGUGACAAGCCAUACAAGUGCGACUGCUGCCAGGCUGCCUUCCGCUACAAGGGCAACCUGGCCAGCCACAAGACCGUUCACACUGGUGCGAAGCCGUACCGCUGCAACAUCUGCGGCGCUCAGUUCAACCGACCAGCCAACCUCAAGACCCACACACGCAUCCACUCUGGAGAAAAGCCAUAUAAGUGUGACACGUGCGGUUCCAGAUUUGUCCAGGUGGCCCAUCUCCGUGCCCACGUCUUAAUCCACACAGGAGAGAAGCCGUACCCUUGUGAGAUCUGUGGAACUCACUUCCGCCACCUCCAGACGCUCAAGAGCCACAUGCGCAUUCAUACCGGAGAGAAGCCUUAUCAUUGUGAAAAAUGCGACCUCCACUUCAGACACAAGAGCCAGCUGAGGCUUCACCUGCGGCAGAAGCAUGGCGCAGUCACUAACACCAAGGCUCAGUAUCGCAGGACGCCCAGCAACAUCACCACAGGCCUGGUAAACACCUGCUGAGCCGGCAGCGAGUCACUUUUGUUUUCCUUUUGCAUCGGCUGCUGUGUCGUCAAAAGACUUUUUUUUUUUUUUUUUAACAAACAGAAACAUAAAUAUUAUGUAUAUGUUUGCCCUUUAUGCAUUUGUAAAUGAUGCACAUUUAUGUAAGCUCUUUGGUAUUUCAAAGAUUGUAGAAGUUUAUGCUUUGGUCGUGAAUGUCUAACAAGAGAAUGUACAUUUUGAAUGUGAAUUUGAGCAGGCAUUUCGCUAUUUGGCAAAUCACCUAACAGAGUGUUAACAUUGAAGGACAGUCCUCUUCCUCGCUCAGAGUGAGAAUCACUGUUACAGUUUCGCUUUAGAUGUUGGCAUGAAUUUGCCCAGCGAUGUGGUCACAGUUUAUGCAGUUGUUUUUCAUUCGCUUAUGUUUUGUAAAUAAGAUAAUAUAUAUUUUCAGAUUGCCGUCUGCUGGCAGAGUACGAAUAUAUUUGUUUGUCAAUAACACAAGGGCUUUUUAUUUUGCCAUUACAUAGUUUGUGGUACGUAUUGUAAUAUGUACAGAUUGUCAUUCAUAUAAAAAAAAUUGCUAUGUACAUAUUUUCUUUUUUUUUAAUCAUUUCUAGCCUGUUGGUAUUUUGCACAUACUCAUAAUGCUGUAAUUCAUAUAUUUUCAUACUAUUCAUUCAAAUAUUUCUACUUAAAAUGUUCAUGACAUGUCGAACUGUUUGCUAGACCGCGUGCCCAGCACUUGCUAUUUUCUUAUUUAUAUUCUAAUUUUUCCUUUGCUGUAUUCUAUUACAUUUUGGUGCUGCAAUGAUCCCCAGCUGGAUCAUGAACAUAUUUUAUCUAACCAUCAUGUAUUAUAGUGCACUCGUACCAACCAGUGUAUUAACAGUGCCUUACAUUCACAACUCUCUAUUUGCUACCUUCUCAGACUAACUGUUAACGUGGUAUAACUUUGACUAAGCCUCGGUAUUAACUGCUGUUGUGAUGCAUUUCACAUUCGGUACGUUGCUCUGUUGUCAUGUGUACGCAUGUCUGGUACUGUUAUUUUGGAAGCUAGUUAUCUGUUGAGUGUAGCUCUUGAAAUGCAGAUACACCAGGCCUCAAGCUAAAAAACAAAAACAAAAAAAAUGCUCAGGAAUAUUAGUAAGCAAAUGUCUUUGUAACUGCAGAUUAUAUAUAUAUAUAUGAAAUAUAUAUAUAUAUAUAUAUAUAUGACAUGAAAAUAAAAAUGUAUUAUGUAGCA